CACUGCCACGCGCCGUGGCAAGAACCCGUAGUGGAACGCACUGUACUACAGCGUGCAGAACCGAAGAGCGGCAUUCGCAUUUGCGCUGUAAACUGCGACAUUCAGGACAUUAAUUCAUCUUGUAUCGUUAACGCUUCAAAUCUCUAAUACUAUUCGUUUUGGUGGACUAACUGAUCUGUUGUAUCCCGGUCAAUGGAAUUGCAAAGACGAAUGAACGGAUCAUUAUUUUCCUAUUGGCAUGUGUUGCAGUCACAAUCGCAUCUUUCUAAAAGUUAAUUUCACAUCAGACAGACAGCAAUUUUAUUUUAAAAGUCAGAGUAACUUGAACAACGAAUUCGAAUGGUAUUUCCUCAGAAACAGAGCAAACAAAACAAAUAACGGGUACAAGGAUGUGCCACGCAUUCUUCAUGGAGCUAAGAUGAGAGUUGUCCAAGGUUCUACAUCGUGUGGAAGCUGUGAUUCAAACCUGAAAUUCGGGAGUAUCCCGAGCAACGAGCCUCUUGGAGUGUCUGAUGCUGGACCCACGAAGGUCCUGACGCAGUCCAGUGAAACUAAAUUUAGUUGAAACUGCAACCUCGUAACGGCAGUUUUCACUCUUCGUUGGUUGUGGACAGGCAGCAUUGCAAACGCAUGGACGUUACGACCCGGUGGACGACAACUCUCACUCCUUUUGGAGAGGAAAGGGGCCAUUUCGAUCAGUGCUGCGUGUUUUCUGCCAGAAUGCGUUGUACGGAGCCGGGUGCACACCCUUUCACUCUACUGUCAAACUUCUGAAGAACUGCACAGUAUAGAAAUUCGCCUCAAAAUGGACUAGAAUAUCACACAUGUAAAGGGAUCAUGUAUUUUUUUAUUCUUGAAUGUACAGUUGUUUUUCCAAUAUGGACAGAAUGCAAUAAGAAGAAUGAUAUAAGAGUGGGUACAGUGGAAUCGUUGGUGAUGGAGACUUUAGGCUUUAACUUUUGUGGAAAAUGUGAAUGAAGAGUUUUUUUUAAGCAAACGGAAAGCGCCACCGGCCACUGAAACGCUUCUACACAUUUAUUUCACUGCAUCUGCUGUGACCUGUGUCACAGUGAAACAGUGGACUGGAAGAGAGUUAUAUGUGGAAAAGAUGUCCAGGAUAUCGACAUUCUACCGGGAAGACAUACCUCUGUUUUAGCGAUGUCGCUCUUUUAUUUAUUUCUAAAAAAAGAAAAGGCUCUUUGAUAAUUCUGUAGAUAGUGCUUCACAUCAGACGUAGGAUUAGACUGUCGUGAGGGAUGGAGCGCUCUAGUCAGUUCAAGCCGACGCCCGCGAUUUACGGAGGGCUGCUGAAUAUUUCAACCAACGACACAAAUGCGAACUACACCUCAAAAGUGGAGGAAAAAGACGCAAAUCUCGUUUUCCAGGCAGGCUUAGCGGUAACCCUGUCAAUUAUAACUUUUGCCACAACAUUAUCAAACGCUUUCGUCAUUGCUACAAUUUAUCAGUCCAGGAAGUUGCACACUCCAGCGAACUUUCUUAUAGCCUCACUAGCCGUCACCGACCUUUUAGUGUCCAUUUUGGUGAUGCCCAUAAGCGCAUUGUACACGGUAACUCACACAUGGACCUUGGGCCAAGUGAUAUGCGACAUUUGGUUGUCUUCGGAUAUCACGUGUUGCACAGCAUCAAUUCUUCACCUCUGUGUAAUUGCCUUGGAUCGUUACUGGGCUAUAACGGAUGCAGUCGAAUAUUCAAAAAAGCGCACAUCAGCGCGCGCGGCGGGGAUGAUUGCUACCGCUUGGGUGAUUGCUAUCUCCAUCUCUAUGCCACCCUUGUUCUGGCGUCAGGUCAAAGCGGGGGAGUUGACCAGCUGUGAUGUAAAUACAGACCACAUUUUCUACACUAUCUAUUCAACGUUUGGGGCUUUUUAUAUACCCACUCUGCUGCUUAUUGUUCUCUAUGGUCGGAUCUACGUUGAAGCCCGAAAACGGAUCUUAAAACAGUCGCCCAAAAAAACAGGGAAAAGACUUACUUCAGCUCAUUUGAUCACAAACUCGCCGGGAUCCGUGGCGUCUACGACGUCUCUGACCUACGGUACGCACGAAUCCUCCUCUUACGAUACAGGUUCCUCCAUCAGUGCAAAUCAGGUUAAAGUGACCGUGUCCGAUGCACUUUUGGAAAAGAAGCGAAUCUCCGCUGCCAGGGAGAAAAAGGCGACUAAAACUUUGGGAAUAAUAUUGGGCGCAUACAUAAUAUGCUGGUUGCCCUUCUUCAUUUACACGUUAUUGGUGUCUAUAUGUACAACCUGCACUUUCUAUCAAGAGUUAUUUGACAUAUUCACGUGGCUAGGUUACCUUAACUCUUUAAUCAAUCCCAUCAUUUAUACAAUGUCCAACGAUGAUUUCAAAAAGGCUUUUCACAAGCUCGUACGCUUUAGGUGUUGUAGAUCUUGAGGUACCGGUAAAGCGCAACGUGAAACAAGCUACGGCUACCAAAAUCGUCUCCUGAUGUAAUGGUCCACAAAAUCUUUGUUAUGUGAUCCUGAUAAACAUAAAACAUUGUCAAAAUAUGUUCAUUAUUUCCUGUUAAACUUAAGUGUAUCACUACAAUUCUAGCUUAUAUCACGGUAGCAAACCAUUUUGUGGCUAGUCUACUGCCAAAGCCACUGCUUAGAAAACUUGCGCAAAUUAAAAACUGCAUCUCUGCAUUCUGCAUUCCAAACGACAAGAUGUACUUCACGUAUUGUGUUUGAGUCCUUUCUAAAACGGAAACACAACGUUAAGCAGCAAGAUAUUGCUAUGGAGAGAGGCUUUGAGCAUAUACACAAGCUUAAAGCUGUCAGUGGUUUGGGUUAAAUAUAACAGUAAACAGCAGUCUCUCAGACAAAAUAUUAGCUACUUUAUACACAGCUAAAGUGUAUUUAUUUAUUUAUUUAUUUAUUUAUUUAUUUAUUUAUUUAUUUACCAGAAAGCGCAAUUCUGUGAAAGGGCUUGGCACCGAUUAAUUGACUUCACAAUGCAAAAGAAAUAGCCAGUUUCUGAAGCCCUAUAAUUUUGUGCGUAACGCAAGUUCUGGUUUGUCUAAGAAUUAUCUAAUAUCAAUAGUAAUGUAAAAUCCGAUACAAAUGGACAUUCAUAUUGACGUUGCAGAAUCAAUGCAGCCAAGCAAUUAACCAUUCCUGAAUGACAAAAAGCAUACUCGUCAGCGACGUAGUAUGAUACAUGUUGCAGUUCAGCUGCAAAUGCCCAUUGAUCAUUCUUAAAUAGUUAAACUCAACAUUAUCGUAUUAUUAAUGACGGGCUGUAAAAACAGACUUGAUUCAACCCUCAAGAGACAUUUCGUGUUCACAGAUUGGAGACUUCGCUUCUAUCAUUUACUACCAAAUUAACUGUUUCAUAACUGAUUAUUAAUAUCCAACAUGGCUUAAAGCAGUGUAAUUGUUUAUAUAAUUUAUAUAGUUUGUGUUUAUUGUAAAUGUAUCAAUAUGUAUUAUAUUUACUUACAUCGUCAUACACCCAUAUUAACUAAAUUAUACGAUUUUCUUAGCGACUAAAAAAUCAAUAAAAUAGACAUUCGUGGAUGUAGCCAAUUAUUGAAGUCUGCCACCCGUUGAUUGGCAUAUUUUAAUAAUAGAAUUGUUUAUUGAGUAUAAACUUGCACAAUCUGAUUAGAUUGUUUUAUUUCACCUGCUAAAAAUGAUGGUCUAUAGAUCAUAAUGUAGCCUAUUCAGAAAAUAAGGUUAUGUCAGAAUGAGUCGAAUGGAGACUAAUUAUGAGCUUGAGUUAGACAAUUUUCAGCAGCUCCAGUAGUGUAAUGACAAAAACGAAUAUGCCUGCAAUUUAUUGCGAAAUAUCACACAAAAGUUAAGUAGGAAACAAAUAAGAUGUGGGCUAGCACAUCCUCCCAUGAAAAUGACUUACUAGUUGUAUUAUGGAUAAUGUGUACCAGAGGUAGGAAUUUAAAGGAUUGAAAACAUGUUUUUUAUGCAAACCUAAUGUGUAAAUUGAAAUGUAUGUACAGUAAAAUAUAUGUAUGCACGUAUGUAUACAUUCAUGUAUUAAUUUCUCAGUUUCAUUUAUUUUUGGGCCCAACUUAUUAAUUGUUAUUUGGAAAUGAGUGGUUGUGUGGACAUUAAGCUAAACAGGAUAUCAACCUUUAAAGGAUAUAUUUCUGCAAAGGCAGAAUUAUUGAGGCCAGAUCUUUAACUUGACCUGUUGAUCAGAGAAUGGCAAGAUAUGUAUCCCUUUUUCUCUUACUGUACUAGUUUCAGUUUGUUGCUUGCUGUUUGCACAAUGUAAUUACGAUAUGCCAGCCUUCAUAUGUGAUUGUGCAAGAGCUACAUAUCUGGAAAACAGUCGUAAUGUACUCUGAUUCCCAUGAUAGAAAUUGUCAAUCCACCUGCAUUACUUAGUUCUGAAAAGUGGUAUAAGAUGAAAAAAAAAAAUUCAUGACUUAACAUUUUAUUAGAGGGGUAGUUGCAGCUGAUAUGACCAAAAGUGUGCCUAAAUCUACGACAGGAAUACUACAUGUGUUCAAUGACACAGUUUGCCAUGGAAAUGUGUUCUGGAACACAGAGAGUCGCAGUGCCCAUGUAAUGGAAACCAUCUUUCAUGCAAGGUCUGCUGUACAAUAAAGGCUUCUCUGCACACAUGCAACCGUGCUGUGAAUUGUGGGUUAAGUUCCCUCCAGAUGGAGCUUAAAUUGCUGCUGCUGUGAAAAGAUACAAUAAAUAAAACCUGACCUGAAAACA